AUGGAAUCCGAAGUCAGAAAGCGGCCACUGGCAAAAGUGGACUCCAUACCUAUGGAAGAGCUGAUCCAAGGCGCGCCCGAGCCGACAAAUCCCAGCAGCAGCCAAGCUGGGAUUAUCAAAGACGAAGACAUUCCACAAUCGGGCGACACGGGCGCUCUCUCCAAAAUGCUCGCUCAUCUGCCGGCGCGCUGGCGUAACUGGUGGAUCCGUGUUUCUACUUCUUUCUUAAUGCUUUUUGGCUUCAUCUUCAUCGGCUAUCUUGGCCCUCUUGCCAUAGUCCUUCUCAUUCUCGCCAUUCAACUCAAGGCCUUCCAUGAAAUCAUCACAAUCGGGUACAUGGUGUACCGCAACUACGAGCUUCCGUGGUUCCGCUCGAUCUCGUGGUACUUCCUCUUCUGCGCCAACUAUUACUUCUACGGAGAGACGAUCAACGAGUACUUCGGCAGUGUGCUCCAGAAGGACGUCGCGUUGCACUUCCUCUUCAAACACCACCGCAUCAUUUCCUAUGCAAUGUACAGCUGCGGCUUUAUCGCUUUCGUCUGCUCCCUCGUCAAGACCUUCUAUCGCUUGCAGUUCUUCAUGUUCGGCUGGACGCACUGCACUCUGCUCAUGGUCGUUGUAUCCAGCCAUCUCUGCAUGCAAAAUAUAUUCGACGGAGUGAUCUGGUUCUGUCUUCCCGUGCUGCUCGUUUGCGCCAACGACACUUGGGCCUAUAUUUGCGGGUUCUUCCUUGGGAAGCGUUUCAUCAACCAGCCUCUCACCAAGCUCUCGCCGAAAAAGAGUUGGGAAGGGUUCGUCGGUGGUUUCAUAUGCACGCUGAUUUGGGGCUUCAUUUUUUCCUGGUUCUUGACUCGUUUUCCGAUUCUAACUUGUCCGGUUCGACUUGAUGCCAACUGGCACGUGCUUUCCACUUGCGAGCCAUCCGAGUAUUUCAUUCCCGUGGAACAUACAGUUCCGAUCAUUUUGCGACCGCUGUUUGGCUUGUUCGGCGUCGGCGAGACGGUUUUGAUCCGCCCGUUCCAGUACCACAUCGCCGCGCUGGGCGUUUUCGCCUCUUUCAUUGCACCUUUCGGCGGCUUCUUCGCUUCCGGAUUCAAACGAGCAUUCAAAGUCAAAGACUUUGGCGAUUUAAUUCCUGGCCAUGGAGGCGUCAUGGAUCGAAUGGAUUGUCAUUUCGUGAUGCAGUCAUUUACCAAUGUCUACUUGAGCACUUUUAUUCGGACUCCGUCUGUUCAGACCGUUCUUCUAGCCGCGAUGAAGCUUUCUACGGCUGAUCGAGAGUGGUUGAUAGAGCAACUUCAAGGCAUCAUCGACUAG